GCCGGAGAACUGGCCAGAAAGUUUUUGAUUCUCGAACGACUCGCGUUGGCGCAGCAGUAGUUGUUGGCUGUCGUGACCGACAAAACAGAAAAAAAAAAUAAAGUCUAGAAACUGCAGGCGAAAGGGUUCUGUUCUAAGGUCUGUUUGGUGGUUUGGCACCAAAAUCAGGGUCAUUUCGAACGACGAAACGUGCUUGUGCUUGCUUGAAAAGAUCUCCUCGAAACCGUCGUCGCGCACCGUCGUCGAUAGCUGGAGAAAAGCUUGUGCGAAAAGGUUGGUUGGCAAACGUGACAUCUUGGUGUGAAGCAAUUACGUGCAGUGGUUCAGGUUCAGGUUCAGGUGUGUGAUAUUGGAUAAUAAUUGGUGAAGUGACCGACCGACCGAUCUGUGCUAUAGUAAAAGUGCGAAAAAAAUGGCAGCCGCAGCAAAAAUCCAGCUGAUCGCUCUCGUGGCCGUACUACUGGGGACCACGAUGGUACUCGAAACUUGCAGCGCAAUGUCAUUCGAUGUGAAACCCGAAUUCAUCAAAACGUGCCGCUUUUCCGAUCCGGACUUUGUCGGUUGUUCGACGAACUCCGUGCAAGGACUGUUUGACAAGCUAGUUACUGGAAUCGAAGGACUGGAGCACGUGGGAACGAUCGACCCGAUGAAGAUCAACAAGAUCCGCAUCCUGCAGGGGGACGGUCCGGUCAGUGUGAACGCGUCGCUGUCCAAGGUCGUCGUGACGGGCUUCGCCAAUACGAAAGUAGUUCGCAACGUUGUCAGCAGCAAGGACUUCAGCUGGGAGACGCACAUCCGGCUGCCGACGAUGCGCCUCGAGGGAAACUACCACAUGCAGGGACGGAUUCUGGUUAUCCCGCUGAACGGCCACGGCAAGUGCUGGUUCGAACCGAAUGAAAUGGACAUCAUAAUGAAGACGACCACCUCGCUGUACGAGCGGGAUAACCAUGUUUUCUACAACGUAACCGGCAGCAAGGUGGAUUACACCAUCUCCGGGCUGAAGCUGCACAUGGGCAACCUGUUCGAGGGAGUGAAGGUCCUGGAGGACAGCACCAAUCAGUAUCUGAACGACAACUGGCGACCCGUCUCGGAAGCUCUGAAGCCGAUCAUCGCCAAAACCAUCGAGGACAUCCUACUGGCCAUCAUGCAGAGCAUCUUCCACCAGCUCCCGGCGGAGUAUUUCGUUGCAGACCUACCGCGUAGCGGUCAAUAAAGAAUUUAUUUAACUUGUUUUUUCUGUAAAUAAACCUCAUCAUCCUAU